AUGGUGAGGAAGAGGCCGAACAUAUUGGUGACGGGCACACCAGGAACUGGGAAGACAACAACUUCGUCCGCCUUAGCGGAGGCGACGCAGCUCCGCCACAUCAAUGUGGGUGAUUUGGUGAAGGCCAAGAAUCUCCAUGAUGGCUGGGAUGAUGAGCUAGACUGUUACAUCAUCAACGAAGACCUGGUAUGCGAUGAGCUUGAGGAAACAAUGGAAGAAGGAGGUAACAUAGUGGACUACCAUGGUUGCGAUUUCUUCCCUGAGAGAUGGUUUGAUCUUGUGGUUGUGCUCCAAACUGACAACACUGUCUUGUAUGAUCGCUUGACUCGAAGAGGGUAUUCAGAGUCAAAGCUCUCCAACAAUAUUGAAUGUGAAAUAUUUCAAACUCUGCUUGAGGAGGCAAAGGAGAGCUACCCACAAGAUAUCGUUCUUCCCUUAAAGAGCAAUAGCAUUCAAGACAUUUCGACUAAUCUUUCUACUUUGACAGAAUGGAUCAGGAGGUGGCAACCAUCAACUUAG